CUGGAUACGCUCUGCAUACCCGUCGAGCCAAGCGCAAGAGCGUACCGCAGGAAAGCUAUCCAGCUCCUAGGGGAGACUUUCAAUGAAGCAGAUGCGGUCUUGGUUCUCGAUCGGGAACUUGAAAUCGUCGAAUCUGCUGCAGCGUCAUUUUUGGAGCUGGGGUUGCGCAUCCUGUGCAGUGGCUGGAUGAAGCGCCUAUGGACACUACAAGAGGCAACACUGGCGAGUGAGGCGCAUAACGUUACUCUCCUGUACUUCCAGAUGCGCGAUGGACCUUUCUUGUACCAGAAAUACGAUCACAAUAGGAGUGCGUUACGACGUGUCGACGAACGCACAACCGAGAUCCAGGCAGAGGAGCGGUCUCUUCUUCACGACAGAGGUAUAAUGCUAGAGCUCGGGGCGCAACUACCAUCUGUGGGCAUGAUGCGCAAUAUGCGAAAAGGCUGGUCGCCAUUCAGGGUCAUACACUCUGCCAUAGAGCAUCGGUCAACUAGCAAAGCCGAAGACGUACCGGUAUGCAUUGCCUCCCUAUUGGGCAAAGACCUAUCUACUAUUCUUUCCGGUGCGGACGUGGAACAACGGAUGGCCAACUUCUACGUUCUCAUGCGAGAGGUCCCACUUGGUGUGAUGUGGUGCGAGGAACCAGAGAAACUAAGCAUUGAGCCGUUUCGUUGGGCGCCCCUGUUGAUCACUGCCUGCCCGCAAACCACUUUCAUGGGUUGGGAGGAUUGCGUUUGCGACUCUGCUGGCCUGCAUGUCAAGUACGGUGGCUUUGUCUUUGCUGAGAGCGAAGAAGAACGGCAUGGUUCGGAGGCAAUGCUUCCCCAUGUCAUCGACAUGGUAUCUGCUGAGACAGGCAGUGUAUUGGGACAACUCUUUGCUCUUCCACGACGGGCCCGUCGGGAAAUUCCGCUGCAGCGGAACUUAGCAGUGAUAGUCAGGCAUGAUGAUCACCCUGGUAUGCAUCCCACUGCCGCGAUCGUGAUCAUUGAGGGCACUGUCGAAGUGGACAGUGGGAUGCAAUUGACUGAGUUUGUGUGCAGAAUUGUUGGUUACAUGUAUCUUCAGUAUCCAGAUCGGGCUCCAGGAACAGCAGUUCGUGUACAUGCCACAGCGGUCGAUCAGAUGUGGUGUAUAACUUGA